UAAACGUGAAACAUAUUUAUAACUUAGUUCCGUAAUUGUAGUUUCAUUUUUCGAUUGAAUGAUAAGAUUUGAGUGUAUCCCAUUUGAUAAUGAUCUACAAGUAACUCACUUCAUCUUCAUUACAUAUUUAAUUUCCCUAUAAAUACCUCUUCACCAUUAACUCCACACACACCAAAUUCAAGCAUCAACCAUGUCCUUCUUCCAACCAAACAUCCUAACCACCCCAGGCUGUAAAUUCAACGAAGGCCAAUGGGUGGCGAAAAUCCGAGAAACCCUAGACGAAGAACUCGAUGAAGCAAUCGAAAUCCCAGUCACAAUCUUCGGAGUUCCAAAACCCCUAAUGAUGUUUAGUCCGGACUCCUAUAUCCCACAACAGGUGUCGAUGGGGCCGUACCACCGCCUCCGCAUGGAGCUCUACGACACGGAGCGGUACAAGGUCGAGGCGGCCAAGCGCAUCCAGCAGGUCCUCCCAAAUGUGGACCUCGAAACCCUAGUCGAACGCCUCAUGAAACGCGACCAACACAUCCGCGCCUGCUACCACCGCCCGGUCAACUUCGGGAGCGAGGCCCUGGCCUGGAUAAUGGCCCUGGACGCGUGCUUCACCUUCGAGUUCACCCACGCCUGCGGCCUCAAGAAAGGGAAGAUCCUCAAGAAGGUCCCCUCCGGCCUCUCCCACAUCAUCGACUCCUCCGGGAAGAAGAUGGCCCACAACUCCAUCCUCAGAGACUUGCUCAUGCUGGAAAAUCAAAUCCCACUGUUGGUCAUGAGGAUGCUUCUCGAGCUCCAUUUCUGUUCUAAAGAGACGGCGGAUCAGCAUCUGCUCACGAUUCUGACGUCGAUGAGCAGAUCUCUGUCGCCUUUCAAGGCGGCCGAGAAGGCAGAGAUGGCCGCGGUGAGAGAGUACGCGCACGUGCUCGACUUUCUGUACCACUUCAUCGUGCCAGAAGCCGACAUACCUUAUCCGAAGAAGGAGAAGAAGAGGAAGAGGGAAGAGCUGUGCGAGGCGGAGGCGGAGCCCACAAAGCUGUGUAAGCUGGUUUGUUCAGUAUGGUGUCUGCUAUCGAAACUAAUAUUAGGGUUUAUUCGUGUGGUGAAAUGCAUCAUCUUCUGGAAACCCUUGAAAUUGCUGGUGAAGAUUCCCUGGACGAUUAUGAUGAAAAUCCCCAUAUUCAGAAUUCUGAAAGACCAAUUCGAACGCGUGAACGAAACGCUACACAAGGAGAAGGACGAGGACGAAGAAUCCGGCUCAAGCCACCACGAGAAGCCUCCGCUGAUGGAGGAAAUCGCAAUCCCCUCCGUCACACAGCUGGUGAAGGUCGGGGUGAAGUUCGCAGCCACGAGCGGAGGAAUCUCGAGUAUCAAAUUCGACAACAAAACCCUAACCCUACACAUGCCGGUGAUAAAAUUGGACGAGAACUCGGGGGUGGUGCUGAGGAAUCUGGUGGCGUACGAGGCGUGUACCGCGCCAGGGCCGCUGGUGCUGGCGCGGUACAUGGAGCUGAUGAACGGGAUCAUCGACACGGACGCGGACGCGAAUGUUUUAUGCGGGAAGGGGAUAAUUGUGAAUCAUAUGAAGAGCGAGAAGGAGGUGGCGGAGAUGUGGAAUGGGAUGUGCAACUCGGUGAGAUUGACGAAAGUGCCCCUGCUGGAUAAAGCGAUAGUGGAUGUGAAUAAGUUUUACAACGAGCAUUGGAGGGUUAGAAUGGGGAGGUUCAUGAGGGAUAAUGUGUUUGGGUCGUGGAAGAUUCUGACGUUUGUGGCUGCGAUAGUGAUGCUGGUUUUGGUGUGUAUGGAGGAUUUCUGUCAGAUUUAUUCAUGUAGUAGGAUUUUCCCCAAGAUUGAAGCUCUACAGCCCCUCAACCCCAAUCUUGAUUAGUAAUUUAGGUACGAAUAUGUUGUACAUGUACAUGAGAUGAAAUUUAAGUGUAUAAAUAUGUAGCCAGGAAAAUUGGUAGU